UGAACGAGAAUUUGUUGGUUCGAUUCUCUCCCUUGCUGAAGUUCUUUGGACCACUCCAGCGUUCCCAAGUACUCGUGGUUCUCGCUCAGGCUCAUUUUACUUCAUUCUUUCUGUUUGGACGCGGAGAAUUGUAUGAGAAGUCAAGAGCUGUCAUUUCUUAUAGAAUGAUGUCAACCAUAGCGAGGAGAGGUAUCCAUUACCUGCAGAAACUAAAUGCUGCUAACAUUCCUACUGCUUUGCUAGAGAAAGGCCAAAAUCGUGUGAUAGAUGCUUCACUAACGCUUAUUCGUGAAAGAGCAAAGCUAAAGGGAGAACUUGUUCGUGCUCUAGGAGGUGCUAAAGCAUGUCCAUCACUUCUUGGAGUUCCUCUGGGACAUAAUUCAUCAUUCCUUCAGGGUCCUGCAUUUGCUCCCCCCCGCAUUAGAGAGGCCAUUUGGUGUGGCAGCACAAACUCAACAACUGAAGAGGGAAAGGAAUUACGUGACCCAAGGGUGCUAACUGAUGUUGGUGAUGUACCUGUCCAAGAAAUUAGAGAUUGUGGAGUAGAUGAUGACAGAUUGAUGAAUGUCAUCAGUGAGUCUGUUAAUCUAGUGAUGGAAGAGGAUCCAUUGCGUCCAUUAGUUUUAGGUGGUGAUCAUUCCAUAUCAUUUCCAGUUGUAAGAGCUGUCUCUGAGAAGCUGGGAGGACCAAUUGAUCUUCUUCAUUUGGAUGCACAUCCUGAUAUCUAUCAUUGCUUUGAAGGAAACAAAUACUCACAUGCGUCCUCAUUCGCUCGAAUUAUGGAGGGUGGCUAUGCUCGGCGACUGUUGCAGGUUGGUAUAAGAUCAAUAACAACUGAAGGCCGUGAACAGGGCAAAAGAUUUGGGGUAGAGCAGUAUGAAAUGCGUACGUUUUCUAGGGAUCGUGGCCUAUUAGAAAACAUGAAAUUAGGGGAAGGUGUUAAAGGAGUAUAUAUUUCAAUAGAUGUUGAUUGUCUUGAUCCUGCCUUUGCUCCUGGAGUUUCUCACAUAGAGCCAGGAGGUCUUUCAUUCCGUGAUGUUCUCAAUAUUCUGCAGGGUCUUAAAGGCGACGUUGUUGCUGCCGACGUGGUCGAGUUCAACCCUCAACGUGACACUGUCGAUGGAAUGACUGCCAUGGUGGCUGCCAAACUGGUGAGAGAACUCACUGCAAAGAUGUCAAAAUGAUAAUCCUCUAUGGAUUGUUACUUCAAUACCCCCGCCCCCGGGGGGUUCUCAUUCCUUGACGAAUCUGCAAUACCGAGGUUAAAAGGGGGGGGGGGGGGGGUUGUUUCUCAUUCCUUGACAAAUCUGCAAUACCAAGGUUGAAGAGGGGAGAUUUUUGUUUAGCCUCAUUGAAUAAUCCAUGGUACAGUUUGCAACAUUAAAUGUAUUUAUCUUUAGCUACUAAAAAAAUCGGUGUCUUUUGUGUACAAAUCAUGUUAUGCCUUCUUUGUUAGGAUAUUUUGUCGCUUAUCUUUUGUUUUUUUUUUAAAUUUUUUUUAAUAGACGCGCAAACAAAUAUAUUAAUACUAGGCUCAAGUUUAGGAUAUCAUUCAAGCAUGGUAGGUGGCUCUGAUGCUUCUAGGGUAACUUGCCAUGGACAUUUUUUGAUUUGUUUGAAGGAGUUUGGAGUGUGCAGAAUAAGUCAAUUAAAUAUUAUAUA